AUGUCGAACAACAACGGUUACAACAUCACCGCAUUUGCUACCACUGACAAGCCCGGCAAAUUCAAGGAAAUUACGUAUCAUGCUCCACCUCUUAAGGAUGACGAGAUCUACAUCAAAAUCCUUGCCUGUGGGCUCUGUCACACGGACGUGAUUUACAUGUCCCAACCAGAAACAAUCUUGGGUCAUGAGCCUGUUGGUGAAGUAGUCGACGUUGGUUCUUCAGUGACAAAAUUUGCAAAGGGUGACAUUGUGGGCUAUUCUUAUUUACGUAAUUGCUGUCUCGAUUGCCGUCAAUGCAAUUCGGGCAAUGAUAUCAUGUGCUAUGACCGCGUCAUGUUCCCAGAAGGAAACAACAAUGCAUUCGCCCAUGGUGUCGUUUGCAAGGAUAGGUUUGUGUACCGUAUCCCUGACAACUUGAAACCCAAGGAGGCUGCACCUUUGAUGUGUGCUGGUUUGACAGUGUUUACCGCACUCUGGAAAUCUCAAAUACCUCCCACUGGACGUGUGGCUGUCAUCGGUAUUGGGGGUUUGGGUCAUUUAUCGUUGAAAUUUGCAAGAGCGUGGGGGCUACAUGUUACCGCCAUAUCGCAUACACCGGGCAAGAAAGAGGAAUGCCUGAAAUAUGGUGCCCACGAAUUCAUGUGCUCCAAGGACUUUACGGCUGAUUACAUCAAGAAUGCACCCAAGUUUGAUAUGAUCCUCGACACCGUUAGUGCCGACUUGGAUUGGGAUAUGUAUCUUAAUCUCUUGGAUAGAAACGGGUCAUUCUUUUUAAUCGGCAUUCCUUCGGGCCCAAUUCAGAUCAAAGAGAUCUUUCCAUUUUUGCAAUCGGAAAAGAUAUUCAGAGGCUCGAUCUUGGGUGGUCGAUACAUUGUCGAGCUUAUGCUAGAGUUUGCCUCCCGUCAUAACAUCAAGGCCGCCAUCGAGGAUUAUCCAAUGACGCCAGAUGGUAUUGCCAAAGCAGUCGAAGAUUGUGAAGCUAAUAAGCUACGAUACAGAGCGGUACUUUUGCCAAAGUAA